CUGCAAUACUCCAUCACUGCCACCAACAAGGAGAACACUCUUAGAGCCUGCAGCGUCCCAGAUACUCCUUCCAAGAGGGCCCCAAUUGCAGACUCGAAGUACGGUCCUCCGUGUCUGGCUACUGCAAAGCUUCGCUCUGCCAAGGCGGAUGUUGAGGUCAGCUGGGAUGGAGAGACUGUCAACAACGGGAAAUCAUCAGAUAUCAUUGAUGCACUUUUCCAAUUGCAGAAGAACGUCGCCGAAGACCCAAAUUGCGACGCGAUAGCUCUGCUCGCAAAGUCCGGUGAUGCCGUCGUCGGUGUCUGGGUUGGUAGGCAGAUACAGAAGGCCUCUGCUGCUGGCCUGUUUGAGUCGUUCAUUGAGAUGAUUCAAUCUCGAGAAUCAGCACUCCCAAAGAAGGCAGCCGCCCAGAUCUGCGCACCGGCUUCGAAGAAGCCAACCAGUCAGAGCUUUGGUGUUUUCUACGACGCCACUGGCAAGAUUGAUGAUGUCUUCUCUGCGAUUCAAGGCUGGUCCAGGGGUAACUGUCUGUCAGCUCUUGGUCAGACUGAGACUUGGGCAGAGCAAAACUUGAGCAUCAUUCCCGCCUCAGCCCUGAGCAUGGGAGCCGACAACGCCUUGGCUGGAGUUGGGAACUCGACCUACACAAACUCAACCUCAUCGUUGACUGUGAGCAAGGCGACCUCUAGCGCAGCAUCGCAAUCACCAGCUACCUCACCAUCUGCCUCGGUAGAAGCUGUAAAAGUCACUGACAAGGAGCUUGUCUCGAGGGAUGAGUGCCAUGCUGUCAAGAUUGAGCCCACAGACAGCUGCCACAGCAUUGCAACGCAGAAGUGUGGCAUUAAACUUCAAGACCUCUACAAAUUCAACGGUGGGGACUCUCAGUUUUGCAACAAACUCCAAGCUGGCAGCUUCGCCUGUUGCUCGGAAGGAGCUAAGCCACAGCGCCGGAUGGCUCUUAUGGCCAGCGAAUGCAAGUAUGUCCAGGUUGAGCAAGACGACACUUGCUGGUCCAUCGCCCAAGAAUGCGGUAUCACAGAGAAGAAGCUCUACGAGUACAACGGCGGGAGCGAUGCUUUCUGCAACAACCUGAAGCUUCGUUCAGCCGUAUGUUGCAGCUCUGGAGACAAGCCGGACCUGAAACCAAAAGACAACGCCGAUGGAUCGUGCUCUGUCUACGUCGUGCAGAAAGAGGACGUAUGUUUCUCUAUUGCCGACCAACACUUGCUCACUGUCACGGAGCUCAUCAACUUCAACAAGGGCAAGACCUGGGGUUGGGGAGGCUGUGACACCAUUCAACCACUCCAGAAGAUCUGUGUCAGUGGUGGGUCGCCGCCAAUGCCCGCGGCCAUCGAGAACGCCCAGUGCGGUCCGCAGAAGCCCGGCACAGAGAGACCCAAGAGCGGGAACAUAACUGACCUUAAUCCUUGUCCUUUGAAUGUCUGCUGCAACAUCUGGGGGCAAUGUGGUACAACGAAGGACUUCUGCAUCGACACCAAGGUGGAUAAUACUCCAGGAACAGCCAAGAAUGGGACAUAUGGCUGCAUAUCCAACUGCGGCAUGGAUAUCGUCAACAACAAGGUUGGACCAGCCAAGUUCCAGACUCUUGCUUACUUUGAAGGCUGGAACUUCAACCGCCCCUGUCUGAAUAUGGAUGUCGAAGACAUACCUGACGGCAACGACAUCAUUCACUUUGCCUUUGGCUGGAUUAGCGAAGACUUCCAAAUCAGUGCCGGCGCUGAUGUCAAAGAACAGUUCGACAAGUUCGUCAAGAUGAAAUCCGGGUUCAAGAAGGUCAUUUCAUUCGGUGGCUGGGCAUUCUCCAACGAACCGGCCACCAGUCACAUCAUUCGCAACGCGGUCAAGCCAGAGAACGCCGUCAAGUUCGCAACCAACGUUGUCAACUUCGUCACUUCGAAUGGCUUAGAUGGUGUCGACUUUGACUGGGAGUACCCUGGCGCCGACGACAUUGAGGGUAGUCAGCCUGGUACACCAGAGGACGGGAAGAACUACCUUGCUUUCCUGCAGUUGGUGAAGAGAAGGCUUCCAUCUGGCAAGACUCUCGCCAUUGCCGCACCAGCUUCUUACUGGUAUCUCAAGGGAUUCCCAAUCGACGACAUCUCCAAGGUCGUUGACUACAUCGUGUACAUGACCUACGAUCUUCACGGCCAAUGGGAUGUGGGCAACAAGUGGGCUUCUGAUGGCUGCGAAGGCGGCAACUGUCUCCGUUCGCAUAUCAACAGCACGCUCACGCAUAGUUCACUGUCGAUGAUUACGAAAGCGGGUGUCCCCUCGAACAAAAUAUUCGUUGGCGUCAGCAGCUAUGGUCGAAGCUUCAAGAUGUCCAAGUUUGGUUGCGAAGGUCCAGACUGCACUUUCCUAGGCGGCCGCAAUGAUUCGCCUGCUAAGCACGGUAGAUGUACGGACACUGGAGGCUACAUCGCCGACGCGGAGAUGAUGCAGAUUAUGAACCUUGCAGACCAAGGGUUUGACGGCAGCGAGUACCACACCUACUGGGACGAAGAGUCUGACUCGGACAUCUUCGUCUACGACGAGGUCGAGUGGGUUUCGUGGAUGAGUCCGGUCACCAAGGAUCGACGCAAGGGUGAAUACAAAGGACUUAACAUGGCUGGCACCACCGACUGGGCCAUCGAUCUUGGUCGAGACGUGGGCACGUCCAACAAAGAGACGAGCGAGCUCGACUGGGACCUGAUGGACCUCACCUUCGACUGCAAGUUUGAAACAACCUACUCUUCACUAGACGACCUGGACAAAGCAUCCGGUGACAUGCAUCCUAUAUGCGCAUCUAUGCACGCUAUUGAAGUGCUGGGAGAGAUGCUUAAGCACUCGCUCGACGGUUACGAUGCUGCUGCUGACGGAUAUGACGGCCUUUUCGACUUCUACAAAGACUACAUCAUCAAGACACUGGAAGGUCGCCUGGUCAACAUCAUGCUCGCCUCAAAAGAGGACGGCGGUCGUGGUGACGAGUUUUUCAACUGUUUCGCAGUACAGGGUGGCAUCUACGCCAAGCGAAGCGAUGCUUCAAAGGCCACUUGCUCCGACCUGCCUGAAGGCCAGCCUUUGGAUGACUACGUCUACUGGUUUGAGCUUAAGGACAAGGAGGGUUGGGAGAAGGCGCUUGGAGAGGAGGGCAUUCUCGCCGAAUGGAUCAAGUACGAUCUCAGGGAGGUCAAAGACGACGGCGGGUGCCAACCGCAAGGAACUUCCAUUUGUCUCUACAAGAACACCUACUUCCACGACUUCCCUGUGCCCAUUGAGCACUCGAAGAUCGAGGUGCCUGAUCCGAAAGAAAUCAUCAAGAUGGCCAGAGAGAACAUGGACAACAUUACCUCGACGUUCGACGAUGUCUUCAUUUCCAUCGGGCUGGAAGAUUGGAACGAAGGCUACGAGAAUGCUGUUGAGGUUCUUUCGGUACCAGUCUUCAUGCUGGAAGAUGCCGUCGCGUCGAUGAAGGAGGUAAAGGAUAUCGGAAAGGAUUGGAAGGAAGAACAAGAAAAGAAUCUUAUUUUGAAGAUCAUCGAAGGCGUUCUAUUCCUUCUGGCCUUUGUGGGCCCCAUUGUUGGCACUUUGGGGAGAGUUGGCGGUGCAAUUGCUCGUCUGGUUUCAGCUCUUGAAGGAGCUGCUGGCGUUGGCUUGGGCAUCUACAGCAUCAUCGAAGAUCCAACCACGGCGCCUCUUGCUAUCUUGAUGAUGGUUAUGGGCGAGCUUGGUGGUGCAGCCGGCAAGAGGGGCCAGUUCGCUGGCUUGAACAAGAAGAAAAAUGACAUGACCUCGAAGGAGAAGGACAACAUGGGCGCCUCGUAUUCCAAGAACACGCCCAAGGUCCAGUCCAUCAUGGGCAAGUCGUGUGGGAAGAAGUAA